AUGUUCUUUGGUAAAAAAUAAAAAAAUCGUAUAUAUUUUGAGACGUGAAAUUUCUUGAGAAAAUCAAUUUUCACGUGGAAUUUUCAUUUCUGUCUUUAUUUUCGAAUUAUUCUCGUCUUUUUACAGAUCAAGAAACCUCGCAAAACUACGAUGCUCCGCUUGCCAGGAGAAAAUUGAUUGGAAAAUAUCGCAUUUGCUGCCCAAAAAACCGAAAAACCCUGAAGAAAAACAACGACACUCCGUCUCCGCUUGCCUGUUGUUUAUUCUGUUUCGCGCAAAAAACAAUUUUGGUGAUUUUUCUUUUUCUGUCUUGAUGUGUUUAUGAUUUUUAUUGUUUUUCAGGUGUCAAAAUGCAGGAAAAUGGAUCGAUUUCGAAAUUUGAGUGGAGUUUUGCCUUGGCGUGGGAAUUUUUGGGCUGAAAUUGGAUUUUGGAAGCGAGAAAUGAAAAGUAUGUGAGAUUUUUAUGGAUACUAUAAAAGUUGAUGACGUCAAAAAUACUAGAGGUUGAACAAUCACUUCGAUCCAUGAAAAAAUCAUGUUAUAUAUUGAAAAAAUCAACAUUAUGAAUUUAUAAUUCCCCAGUAAUUUUGAAGAUGUGCAAAUUAUUAAAUAUAUUAAAAUGGCAUUGAGGAUUUGAGAUCCGAAAAAUCCAAUAAAUUGGAAAAUAUGGGGAUAGUACAUUUUGAAAUGAAAUCAGAAUAAGAAGGGCGAAGCGAAAACGGUAUUAUCUGGAGGAUUUAGUGCAAUUGUCAGAUUAGAAAAAUUGAAAAACAACUGGGAAUUCUUGAGAUUUUUAUGAGCCUUGUGAUAAAUUUAUUUUUUUUUCAGAUUUCAACACUUGGCCACUGGUUUCUAGAUUUUUGAAGAGUGAUGCGAGGAACUUUGAGACGAGGAAUUUUUGGUGA